CUUUCUUUGAAGAGUAUUUAUGUUUUGUGGGUUUUGUUUUCUCUCUUAACGUUCAAACAGAUAUAAUUUCAUCAAACAGCUAUCUGAAAAGGUACCAUCCUUUAAUGAAGACUUUAAAGGACAUUUAAAAAAAAAAAUGCGGUUACCUUGUUGGACACUGUGGAAGCAUCUGAAUAGAACUAGAGUUGAAAGUGUGAUCAAAGUAAGGAAAUUGACAACUUUGGAAGGCACUGUGGAUAGAUACAGUGGAGUCACAGUGGAUGUUCAGGUCCAGAUUUCCUCUGAUACUUCUCAGGACAAGUUUGGAGACAUAUUGAAAGCUUCCGUGAAGAAAUGGCGCACAGAGGGCACUGCAGUAGCGUGGCUGAAAGUGCCGAUUCACUGCAGUCGGUUUAUAGAGGCUGCUGCAAAGGAAGGUUUCUGUUUCCACCAUGCAGAGGGUGACUUCUGUCUACUGAAACUUUGGAUGACGGGUGGGGUAGAUGCCACGCCUAGGUUUGCUACACACCAACUUGGAGUUUGUGGAGUGGUUCUAAGAGAGGACACACAAGAGUUGCUUGUCAUCCAGGAGAGAAAAACACAGUUUUCCCAGAUGUGGAAGUUUCCUGGCGGACUAGCAGACCUUGGUGAAAAUAUUGGUGAUGCUGCGGUAAGGGAGACACUAGAAGAGACAGGAGUCAAAACUGAAUUUAAAUCUGUGAUAGCUUUUCGACAACAGCACGAACAUUCGAGCGCGUUCGGUCGGUCGGACAUGUACGUUGUUUGCCGACUGCUUCCGGUAUCUUACGACAUAGUCCCAUGUGACCGCGAAGUUCUCCGAUGUCGCUGGAUGCCGAUUACGGAACUUCGCGAUCAUAUUAAAACGGCUUCGAUGACUCAUCGAAUGACCACCUUAAUAUUGCACGGACUUAAACAUGGAUUUGAUGAACUGGAUAUUGUAGAUGAACGCAUGAAGUCGGUGAACAAAGGCCAGCAUUUUACGCUCUUCCAUAGAAAACUACAGAUUUUAUGAUGAUAAAUAACUUAUACUUAAUUUUUUUUAAGACUUAAGUUUCAAUUGUGGUUAUGUUUUGCCUUGGUAUUCUUAUACACUCAGGAAUGUUGUAUUACAUUUAAUUGGAACUGCGUUGUUCCUUAAAUAAAGAUACAUCUUUUC